AUGGGACUCGACGACGAGUGUAAACCUUCCCCGUCAUCGAAACAGGUAGAAGCUCCACAAGGCGGCAAGCCUCAAGUUCCAAGACGUGAAGGCGGCCGGGAACACGCCGUCAAGAACAAUGGCACAGUGGGCAGAAAGGCCGAAUCGAUCGUGCCCAAGGGCGCCAAGAUGGGCUGCUUGACGUGCGAUGGCAGUGAUGUCGACCUUCCCUUGAUCCAUGUGGUGUCACCCCUGCAACAAAUGGAUUUCAAGUGGCCGACAGCCGCUACGAUCAGCGACAUCCAACGUCCAACCAUGGAAACGGACGAUGCUGUUGACCUACAUCAGCGCAUUUGUGUGAUCGCUCACCAAGGAGCCAGCAGUCACCGUCGCAUCGCAGCGACGAUUAAGUCGGUGUUCGACAUGUUUGUGUGGAAGACACUGUCCACGGAUGUCGAAGCGUUCGUGCGUGCCUGUUUGCACUGCCUGUGCAUUGACGGAGACAUGGUUCCCCGUCCAUUGGGUUCGUCGCUUCACGCGAAGACCAACGUGCUUAUCUAUUUCGAGUGGUUGUCGAUACCCAUGGCCAACUCUGGCCAAAAACAAGUGCGCCUCGUGAAUGACGACAUGCGUGGCUUUGUGCAGCUGUUCGCAGCAGCGUCCGUGAUGCCGCCGCGAACGCUCAAUGACCACCACCUCACGACAGCCUACAGUCCUUGGGCGGACGUGACUGUAGAAGUAGACAACCGACUUAUGCUGCGCGCCUUGAAGGCGCUACUCAGCGAAAUGAAGUUGAACGAAUGGCCGCAUGUGCAGCCCCUCCUUCAAGGUGCCCUCUACCAUCAGCCGGCGGUCCGGCUGGGAGAAAUUGUACCUGUGACAGCGUUUACGGAUCUGCCAGCCAUAACCCCCUGGCAGGCUUUGACCAUCCGACGUCGAAGGAAUUUCACGUCGCGGACUGGCUUGGCGCUGCCCGUCAGAAACAUGUCACUGACCUCUAAGCGGUGCAACUGGUAG